AUGGCACCCCCGGGGCAGCGCAGAGGGAAGAAAGGCCCCAGGCCUGAAUUCCAGCGACCCAGAAUAUUGAAACGAAAGCGAGAGGAAGAAGACAUCGACACCCUGUCACAAAGAGUCGCCGACCUCGACCCAAAGUCUUCAGCACCGCCAGAAAACUUCGUCGAAGUCCCCUUGUCGCAAGCAACACAAGAUGGCCUCAGUGCCUCGCACUUCAAGACCUUGACGACGAUUCAGAGCCGGACCAUCCCGUUGGCGCUGCAGGGAGCAGAUAUUCUGGGAGCUGCGAAAACAGGCUCGGGCAAGACUUUGGCGUUCCUCCUCCCCGUUCUCGAAAACUUGUAUCGCAAGAGAUGGACCGACUACGACGGCGUUGGCGCUCUCAUCCUCUCCCCGACUCGAGAACUUGCGAUCCAGAUCUUCGAAGUUUUACGUAAAGUUGGCCGCAACCACAUGUUCUCCGCCGGUUUGGUGAUCGGUGGGAAGAGUCUCCAGGAAGAGCGGGAACGACUUGGACGCAUGAACAUUCUGGUCGCCACGCCAGGGAGGAUGCUGCAGCACAUGGACCAGACGUCUGAACUAGACAUUGGGAAUCUGCAAAUGCUGGUUCUAGACGAGGCGGAUCGGAUCAUGGACAUGGGAUUCAGCCAAACGAUCGAUGCUCUCAUUGAACACCUCCCUCGCGAGAGACAGACUCUCAUGUUCAGCGCCACUCAGACGAAGAAAGUCUCCGACCUUGCAAGACUAAGUCUGAAAGAGCCCGAAUUUGUCUCCGUCCAUGAAGCGGCCGACAGCGCCACGCCCUCCACCCUGCAGCAAAACUACGUCGUCACGCCCCUUCCGGACAAACUCGACACACUGUGGUCGUUCAUCCGCGCCAACGUGAAGAAAAAGAUUCUUGUGUUUCUCAGCAGCGGCAAACAAGUCCGCUUCGUCUACGAAUCAUUUCGGCAUCUCCAGCCCGGUAUCCCCCUGCUGCAUCUGCACGGCCGCCAGAAGCAAACAGCCCGUCUGGACAUCACCACAAAAUAUUCCAACAGCAAAUACGCCUGUCUCUUCUCCACCGACGUCGCUGCCCGAGGCCUCGACUUCCCCGCUGUCGACUGGGUCGUGCAAGUCGACUGCCCCGAAGACGCAGACACAUACAUCCACCGGGUCGGCCGGACCGCCCGCUUCGAGCACGAGGGUCGGGCCAUCCUGUUUGUCGACCCGUCCGAAGAAGCCGGCAUGCUCAACGCGCUCGAGAAAAAGAAAGUCUUUCUCGAGAAGAUCAACGUCCGCCAGAAGAAGAUGCAGCAGAGCAUCAGCAACCAGUUGCAAAACAUGUGUUUCAAGGACCCAGAGUUGAAGUAUCUCGGACAAAAGGCCUUCGUGAGUUACGUACGGAGCGUGCACGUGCAGAAGGAUAAAGAGACAUUCAACGUCAAGAAAUUGGAUCUGGAGGGCUUCGCCGCGAGUUUAGGUCUGCCUGGUGCGCCGCGCGUAAAGUUUGUGAAGGGCGAGGACGCAAAGGCACGGAAGAACGCCCCGAGACAACUCCUGGCCGCAUUGGAGGGAAGCGAUUCCGAAAGCGACGACGAGAAACAGAAGAAACGAAAGAAUGGCGACGUCCGCACGAAAUACGAUCGCAUGUUCGAGCGCCGCAACCAGGGUGUGUUAGCUGAGCACUACACGAAGCUCAUCGAGGACGAGGACGACAACGACGAAGCAAGCGCAGGCCUAAGAAGAUCCAGAAACGGCACUUCCGAUAACAAUGAGGACGAUGACUUCCUCUCCGUCAAGCGCCGCUUCCAAGUCGGCGACUCGGCCCUCGAUGGACAAGGGGAGAUUGAGAGUGACAACGACAGCGACCCCUCGCCCGCCGAAACCUUCGAUCCCCAAUCGGACCGGCACCCGAAAUCUGCUCUCGGCACAGACCAUGGCGGCAGUAAAGAAAUCAAAACCCUUACCCUCUCAACAGCCCGCGACGCCGCCCCCCUCACAGUCGACUCCCACCGCCGCGAAAAACUGUUGAAAUCCAAAAAGGCACUGCUCAAAUACAAGGGCAAAGGCGCGCACCUGACGUUCGACUCGGACAGCGACACGCCCAGGGACAAAAAGGCGUAUCGCGACGAAGAGACCUUUACUGCCGGGGGCAGGCAGGCCGCAGAGGCGGAGAUCAAGGAAUUCCGCGAACGAGAGGCCGAGCGCGCGUUGCGGGCGGAUGAGGUGGACAAGGAGAUCGCGCGGUCGAAGAAGAGGGAGAAGAAGGAAAAGAGGAAGGAGAGGGAGCGUAGAGAAUACUUGGGGAUUGCGGGUGGCGAGGACGAGGGUGAUGAUGCUGACCAGGGGGUGCAACUUGUCCCGUACAGUGAUGGAGAAGAGCGCGAAGAGGAAGAUGAAGAUGGAGGACCGCCUAAAGCGAAGAGAGCGAGGAAAUGGUUCGAAGAUGCCUCCUCGGAUGAUGGAGAUGAAGAUGGGAAAAGAGAAAAGACAUCCAAGAGGGAGAAAAAGAGGCGCGCCGAGGACGAGGCUCCUCAAACGCUGGACGAGCUGGAAGCUCUGGCGUCGGGUCUGCUCGCUGGUUCGUAA